GCCCGGCGGCGGCGGUCGCCGCCUCAGCUCGGGCGGCUGUAACCGGUUUAGGGCAGGAAGCGGCUCAGUCAUCGCAGGCUCCGGCUCGGGCUGCGUGAGGGAGGAAGCUGAGCUGGCCUGAGGAGAGCGCUGCCUGUCGCCGCCGCCCGUCUGCACCCCCUAUCACCCCCUCCGCCCCAAGCCCGCUCGCGGCCCUUCUCCGCCUUCAGUAGGCUAGAUACAGCAAACAUUGACAUUGUUUACAAGUAUGGCUCCUUGUCGGGUUACCUUUGAAGUAAGAGGAGAAGCACCACCAGGAGUAGUUUUUGCCAUAUGUGGAAACUGCAAAUUUCUGGGACGCUGGGAUCCACAGUGUGCAGUAAUCCUUAAACCUGAAGAUGAGGCUGGUGAUGUUCUGCUCUGGAAAGCUACAGUUAACCUCCCUAAAGGAGAUGAUAUUGUCUAUCGGUACUUUCAGGGGACCUUUUUACAACCCCAGACUCCCGGUGGUCCUUGUCAAGUCAUAAUUCACAAGUGGGAGACUCAUCUACAUCCACGAUCAAUAACCCCUUUAGAGGAUAUUUCCGUGGAUGAUGGAUACUUUGGAAUCUAUGACCAAGUGGAAAGCGUUGAUUCUGGGUGGCUGACAUGUCAGACAGAAAUAAGGCUGCGUCUGCAUUUUUCCGAGAAACCACCUGUAUCUAUAACUAAGAAAAAAUUUAAAAAAUCUAGAUUUAGGGUGAAACUUACGCUGGAAGGUUUGGAGGAAGAGGGGGAAGAUGACGAUGAUGAUGACAGACCCUCUCCUACAAUUCAGCAGAAAAUGGCAAACACACUAGAGAUCUCUGUAAUCAGUGACACUCAGUUCCAGUCUCGGCAUUCUCAGCCAGAAUGUGGCUAUGCUUUGCAGCCUGACCGAUGGACUGAAUACAGCAUCCUUACCAUGGAGCCAGACAAUCUGGAAUUAAUCUUUGACUUUUUUGAGGAAGAUCUUAGUGAAGCAGUGAUACAAGGAGAUGCCCUUCCAGGCCAUGUGGGCUCUGCGUGUUUGCUGUCCUCCACAAUUGCAGAAUUGGAAAAGAGCUGUGGUAAUCUCACACUUCCUAUCAUGAGCCGAAGUUCACGAAAAACCAUUGGAAAAGUUAGAGUUAACUAUAUAAUUAUUAAGCCAAUUCAAGGAUACUCAUGUGACGCGCGAACUUCGUUUUGCAAAUACUGGAAACCGAGAGGAGGGCUGGACGUGGGACAUCGAGGUGCAGGAAACUCUACAACUACCACGAAGCUUGCUAAACUUCAAGAGAAUACAGUUGCAUCUUUAAAGAAUGCUGCUAAACACGGAGCAGCCUUUGUGGAGUUCGAUGUACAUCUUUCUAAAGAUCAUGUUCCGAUAAUAUAUCAUGAUCUUACCUGCUGUAUUGCCAUGAAAAAGAAAGAUGAAACUGAGCCAUUGGAACUGUUUGAGAUUCCAGUGAAAGAGCUGACAUUUGCCCAACUGCAGUUAUUAAAGCUGGCGCAUGUGACUGCCUUGAAAUCUAAAGACAGCCAAGAAUCAUUUAAAGAAGACGAAAAUGUUCCUUCUGACAUGCAGCCAUUCCCCUCUCUCCAAACUGUAUUAGAAGCUAUUCCUGAAAAUGUUGGGUUUAAUAUAGAAAUAAAAUGGAUCUGUCAGCAAAGAGAUGGGAUAUGGGAUGGUAAUCUUUCAACCUACUUCGACAUGAAUGUCUUUCUAGAUAUAAUUUUGAAAACUGUUCUGCUAAAGGCUGGAAGGAGGAGAAUUAUAUUUUCUUCUUUUGAUGCAGACAUAUGUACAAUGGUCAGGCAGAAACAAAAUAAAUAUCCCAUAUUGUUUCUAACUCAAGGAAAAUGUGAGAGUUACCCAGAACUGAUGGAUCUCAGAUGUCGUACAACAUCUAUUGCUAUGAGCUUUGCAAAAUUUGAAAAUCUCCUGGGAAUCAAUGCAAAUACAGAAGAGUUGCUACAGAAUCCAUCAUUUAUUGAUGAGGCAACUUCUAAAGGCUUGGUUGUCUUCUGCUGGGGUGAUGAGGCAAAUGACCCAGAGAACCGGAAGAAGCUGAGAGAACAUGGUGUUCAUGGUCUGGUAUAUGACAGGAUUUAUGACUGGAUGCCUGAACAGCCGAAUAUAUUCCAGACAGAGCAGCUAGAACGAUUGAAGAAAGAGGUACCAGAGCUGAAAAGCUGCAUUUGUCCCACUGUUAGCCACUUCAGUACUGUAGGUCUGUGUAGAUGUCGCACUGGCUCUAUAAAUGCAAGAAUGGCAGAAAGCACGGAGAGUUUCUAGCCGUCUCCAUGCAGAACAGAGCACACGCUUCAGGCGCACAUUUGCAGUUCUCUCCACGGAACAAAGCUACUAAUGCCUUGCCUGUUCUUGUCUCCCGAAGAAGCAAUAACUUGUGGUCUGCAGUAGUACAUUAAAGAGUUGUUGCUGGAUUGUUGAAUCACACUGAGAUGCUUGGUCAGUGGUAAUGAUUGGUUUGUCUUCUCGUAUACUCAGAACUGAUUGAUUUUCAGAUGAAAUCUGUGUACUGUAACACACCAAUCUGAUUUCUGAGCAAUCCAAAGUGCAAUAGCUGCAUGUUGCUAGGAUCUGAGCUGCCAAAUGUCCUUGAAUAAAUGAUUUAACUCCAAGAUUAGUCUGAUUUACAUUACCAGUGAAAACAGUACUGUGUAGAACUUGGCCUGCAGAAAGAGGACCUCCAAUGCAUGCAUUUGCACUGAUGCAUGCAUCUAUGCAUAUGUGUGACAUCACAUUGCACAACUGCAGUUAAGUCUCUUUUUUCCAUUGCCUUCAGGUUACCGUUAUCUUUGUGUGCGCGCGUGUUGGUUGUGGUUUUUGUGGGUUUUUUUCAUCUCAGUAUACAUUGCAAUGAAUGAUGUAGUGUCUGUGUAUUAGCCUACAGGUGUGAAAAGUUCCUUUUCUCUCCUGCAUUUUGUAUCCAGAUUUUGCUGAAGCUCUGAAGAUUGUAAAUCACUAUAUACCAAAUUGCCAGCACCUGACCAUAGGGUUAAAAAACAAAACAACGUAUCAUUGUACUUAAUGGAGCCAGUAAGUACUAAGCAUGAAGCGCACUCUGCAGCAGUCCUUGUGCACUUGUGGUGCUAAAAAGGUGCAAGGGUAAUAAGGGCUGCAUAAAAAUGCUGAGUCUUUGCUGCUGGGAAACCGUAAACUUCUGUGUAUAGUUAAACGGAGGCUUUGGGCGUCUCACUAUCUUUGGCCGCUAAUAGAUGUGUGUUGAAAGCUAGGUUUGAUUUUUUUUUUAAAGCAUGUAAUAGGCUGUUGAACUUUAACCACUGGCUACUGUACAUUACGUAUAACUUAUUCAGAAAUUAUGGCAUAGAGUUACCUUGUCGCUUUGUGUUUGCCCGUCUUUAAACCCGCAUCCCCCCUACAAUAGCAGACAAUUGAAGCCUGAUAAUCUGUAACUUUUUGCAAAGUGUUACGCGCAAAAUGAAAUUGAAAAAGUAUUUAUUUUUUUUUCUGCCUGUGGCAAAUCAGCCACUUUAAAACAAUACACGUGUAUAAUACAAAUUUUGUCACUGCUGUACAAAGUUGAUUGUGUAAGAGUUCAAUAAAUACAAGUCUGUACUUGCGUGCUUGGUCUGUACUGCUGAAUUGUGGGGCGGGGGGAGAGAUGGCAGGGAUGUUUCCAAUCACUUUAUACUGAAAUUCUCUUCCUCCAUAAGCAGCACACUGUUUAGUCCUCUGGGAACAAUCUUUUAAAAAUAAAAUGUAUUUUAUAUCUAAA